AUGGGACGUGGCCUAAACUUUCUAGACGCCGUUGAUGGACGCGUCAUUACACCAAGAAAACGACUUGAAUUAUCUAAAUCAUCGGAAAUAUCGAAGCACCCGGAGCCCAUCUACAGUCCCAAAAGUCUCGCGCAUGGAGAGAGCAGAGUGUACGAAAUACCAAGCGUGCUUGCAGGCAAUCGGUUCACGGAAGCACUGGGUGACUCAGGAGCCAGACAUAAUUUCAUGAAAGAAGGGUUUGCAAAGCGAUCCGGAUUCUCCAUCAAUCGAAGUGUCACGAUAGACGUCAAAGUCGGGAGUGGAAAGAAAGUUGCAACAACAGGAACGAUUGAGACUUCGUAUCAGUUCUUAGGUGAGAGCGAAAAACAUAGGCUGGUCUUUCAUCUUCUUCCUACGUGCGUGCACGAUGUUAUUCUUGGUAAUCCCUUUCUCAAAUUUACCAAGACACUCACGAGGAACCUCUCACGCAUCAAAGAGAAGAUCGUGAAAGGGUUUGUUGACCGCCACUUUCUAUACCUCGGCAACUCAGCACCACGCUUCUCCGGACUUCUCAAUGGCACUCCACAGGAAGUACUCGCUGAUUCAGGGGCCAAAGUUAUGGUCAUGGAUGAAAAGCAUGCACAGAACCUGGGUAUAACGAUCAUGAGGGAUAAAGAGUACCGAACGAGGCUUCGGUUUGCUGACGGCUCGACGGCGAAAACCUCGGGAAUGGCCCAUGGGGUAGAAUGGCAAUUCGGACCCGGUGGUAUUGACCAAAAGUACCAACUGGAUUUCCAUGUCCUGAAAAACGCUCCAGCCAAGGUCAUUCUUAAUGACAGCUUUCUAUUUGACACGAAAGCAUUCUUGAACUAUGACUGUUAUCUGACAGAUGAUGAGGAUGAGGAUGAAGAUGCUUAUUUCUUCGUCAUUAAUGUAGAUACACGGUAUCAGCGCAAUGGUCCCUCUUCGGCUAAUAGAGCUCAUACUGAGCUUAUUCGGCGUGCAGAGGAAGAGGAUCGAAUUGAGAACCUGCCUCUUGACGAACAAGACGAUGCAUGGAUUCUUGAACGUGAGAGACGAACUCAAUGGCGAAGGCAACAAAACUUGGUGCAGAAUGGCUCAACGUCACCCUUGCACAGUUCUUCAAACCCAGCUACCAGCUCCCAAAGCAUUCAAAUGCAACAAGGCGCCGUUGCUCCGAACACAAGAUGGCGCACGCGAUGA